GCCAUGAAGCUGAACAAGAGGAGUAUGGCCCACUAUGCACUGAGCGACUCCCCAGCAGACCACACAGGCUUCCUGCGCACUUGGGGUGGCCCAGGGACCCAACCCACCCCAAGUGGUACUGGUCGAAGGUGCUGGUUUGUCCUCAAGGGCAACCUGCUGUUCUCCUUCGAGAGUCGUGAGGGCCGGGCCCCACUGAGCCUGGUGGUGCUGGAGGGCUGCACAGUGGAGCUGGCUGAAGCCCCUGUGCCUGAGGAGUUUGCCUUUGCCAUCCGCUUUGAUGCCCCAGGAGUGCGCCCACACUUGCUGGCAGCAGAUGGGCCGGCUGCCCAGGAGGCCUGGGUGAAGGCGCUGUCCCGGGCAAGUUUUGGCUACAUGCGCCUGGUGGUCCGAGAGCUGGAGAGCCAGUUGCAGGAUGCCCGCCGGAGCCUGGCCUUGCAUCGCCGCUCAUCCUGGAAGGCCCAGGCUCCUGACCACUGGUCUCCGGGCCUGGGGAAUGGCCACUCUCUCUCCAGGGAUUGCAGCCCUGUGGGCUUGGUUGAAGAAGAGGGCAGCAGGCCAGCAGGGCGGAGUUUGGCUGAGCGGGAGUUGCAGGGCCCUGCCACCCUCCUCCUAGGCAGGGGGCAGAGCCCCGUGUCCCCUGAGACCUCUUGCUUCUCUACUCUACAUGAUUGGUAUGGCCAGGAGAUCAUGAAACUGAGACAGGGGUGGCAGCAGAGGGCCCGGUGGAGCCAGCGAGAAUGUGAGGACCAGGAUAGGGCCUGA